GGGAAAAAAUCGAUUCGCCGGCUACGAGGUGUACCUUUCUAAUACAACCGAUAGACGUGUGAGAGAGCGAUGUUUCAUUGAUGAAUCAGAGCGUGCCAACCAAAUUAUAAGUCAUGUUAACCACCCAGAAUGUAAUGGAACAGCGCAGUAUGUGACUAUAUACAACCACAGAGAAUCACCUAAGAGGCACGAUUGGUACUUCAAAGACGCCCUCCUAGAACUGUGUGAAGUACAGGUGUAUGGAUGUGAAGCUGGGAAAUACGGACAUGGAAAUUGUGACGAAAACUGUUCCUCGAACUGUCCAGGCAGUGUGUGUCAUCCAAGCUCAGGAAAUUGUCUAUACUGCGGGGACAACACAUAUACCAGACCAUCGGAAACAUCAUGCCGGCCUUGUCCAGAAUCUUGUGCUGGCCCAUGUGAUACUUACGGAAACUGUAAUGCAUGUCCAGAUGGUUUCUACGGACUUCAAUGCGAAAACACAUGCUCGUCUACCUGUGGCAGUAACGUUUGUGAGAAGUCAUAUGGUGAUUGUAAAGGUGUCAUGUCAAGAAGGCUUCUACGGACUUCAAUGCAGAAAUAACUGUCCGACUUCCUGUGGAAGUAGCGUAUGUGACAAGACAUCUGGCGACUGUUCUGCAUGUCAAGAUGGCUUCUGGGGCUCUCGAUGUAAAACUGAUUGUUUAGAUACCUGUGGAAGUAGCGUGUGUGAGAAGACACUAGGCCAUUGUACUGAAUGCCGAGAGGGCUUGUACGGCUCAUGGUGCCACAGAAAAUGUCCAUAUACCUGUAGAAACAACGUAUGUGAGAUAAAGAGUGGAAAUUGCUCUGAGUGUAACGAUGGUUUCUAUGGUCCUACUUGCGCCAACUGUUCUGAUAACUGUUUGUCCAGAACUUGCGAUUUCUCCGGCCACUGUACAGGUGGAUGUUUAGAUGGUCAGUAUGGAAACAUGUGUGAACGGUGGUGUUCAGAUAACUGCACUACGUGUGUUCAAGACGGAGGACAUUGCUUAGCUUGCAUUGAUGGUAAUUACGGUACUUCCUGUGCAAGAACUUGUGGAAAUUGUGAGGAUAAACGCUGUGACAUAACCACGGGUAACUGUGAGCCAUGUCAAAAGGACUGGACCGGACAACGUAAUGACGUCAAAGGUAACACACACCAACUCAUAUACGUUCUAUUAUACACAUCAUAUAACUGA